ACUUUAUGUCUGAAUCUGAAUCUCCACUUUCGUUCUGUUAAAGGUCUUUAUCUUACAUUAAUUUAGGAUGUACAUUUCUCAUCUAUAGCAUUUGCAAACUGAAUUUUCUUGUGCUGAAAUCACACACGAUGGUGCACAAUCCAUGUAAACCACGGUACACUUUAUCAAUUGUGCUUUCAAAAAUUUUAAUUGGUAAUUAUCUGUACGCUACUGACUACUGAAUAUGUGUCUUGACUACAGAACAGAUUUGGUCUGAAAUGGACAAACAGGGAGAUGAAUCUCUCAAGGACCUCGAAUUGGAUAAUAAAUUUAAAGAUUUGGCCUUUAAUUGCUCUAACAGCCAUUUGGAAGGUCUGGUCGAUGAGAAUCAGGCACUGAAACUGGAAAACGAACGGCUGAGGGGGAGGAUCGAUGUGAUGAAGCAUGAUGAGGCUGAACUUCUGAAACGUUUGGGAGCUGUGCUCGAGGAUUUGAAAGAAAAGAAAGAAAUGAUCCAGGAUACAGAAGAGCUUAAUCUCGCUCUCAUCAACAUGGAGAGCCGGAGCAAGGAUGAACUGCUAGAAGCUCGGAAAGAGUUGAUCUAUGCAUUUAGCAAAAUAUCGAGUGGUCAUAUUCAUAUCAAGAAGAUGGGUGAGCUUGAUACCAAUCCAUUCCUAAAAGUGCUGAAACGAAAAAACGAGGAAUUGGCCGAAGAAAGAGCUUCUAUGCUAUGUUCCUUGUGGCAGACUCGUUUGAACAACCCCUCAUGGCAUCCUUUCAAGGUUAUCGAGGCUCAAGGGAAGCAUCAGGAAGUAAUAGACGAUGAAGAUGAAAAAUUGAAAGGCCUGAGGGAUGAAAUGGGGGAUGAAGUUUAUGCAGCCGUUGCAACGGCCUUGCUGGAGAUGAACGAGUACAAUCCGAGCGGCAGGUACGUCGUCCCGGAGUUAUGGAACUACAGAGAGGGAAGAAAGGCUUCAGUAGGAGAGGGAAUCCAACAUAUAUAUUGGCAGUGGCAGACCGAUAAGCGCAGAAUGAGCAAAUCUCCUCAGGCUGAUGGGAAUUUUUCGUCGGACUUGGCGAACGUCUUUCGGGGUUUUGAGGACAUGGGUUUUUGGGGAAUGGGGUUUGGGAAUUCGGGUGUUGGAUCGGGAUCUGAUUUGGCGAAGCUCGAUUCCAUCUGGGUUGCUGUUCGUCUUUUGUUUUUACGUCAGAAGCUGCUAUUUUUGAAUUCGACGGAGCUUUUGGAACUGCCGAAGAAAUCGAUUCUCGCUGAGAAGUUUCUGCAGAAUCCGAGAUCCGAGUUGGUGCUUAAUUCUGCAAUUUAUGAUCAUUAUGUCCCUGAUUCUGUUAUUCAACGACCACAGACCGUUGGGGUGGUUGAAUUUUCUGGUGUUGAGUUGUCAUGA